AUGUUCAGGAAUAACUACGACAACGACGCCGUCACCUUCUCUCCACAGGGUCGUAUCUUCCAGGUGGAAUAUGCACAGGAAGCUGUGAAGCAAGGGUCUGUGGUGGUGGGAUUGGUGAAUAAGACACAUACCGUGCUGGUCGGGCUGAAGCGCAACGCAGAAGAAUUGUCGUCGUACCAGAAGAAGAUCAUCGAGAUUGACUCGCACAUGGCGAUUGCCAUCGCCGGGCUCGCCUCGGACGCCCGUGUCCUCUCGAACUUCAUGAAACAGCAAUCGCUGGGCUCCAAGAUGACCUACGGGCGGCCAAUCCCGCUGGACCGCAUCGUCACGCAGAUCGGCGACCGCGCGCAGACCAACACCCAGCACUACGGGAAGCGGCCGUAUGGUGUGGGCUUGUUAGUGGCCGGGGUGGAUGAGGCCGGCCCGCACCUGUUUGAGUUCCAGCCAUCGGGCAUUACGUACGAGAUGGCUGCCUGUGCCAUCGGGGCUCGCUCGCAGAUGGCCCGUACGUACCUGGAGCGGAAUCUCGACAAGUUCGCCGACUCUAGCCGCGACGAGUUGAUUUUGCACGGCCUGCGCGCCCUUAAGGAGACUCUGUCGCAGGAUAAGGAGCUUACGGUGGACAACACUUCAGUCGGAGUGGUCGGCCUCGCACCCCCGGGUGCCAAGGGCAGAAUGGAAAGCUUCAAGUUGUAUGAGGGCCAGGAGACUGUGCCGCUGUUGGAAGCUUUGGAGCAGUCUGAAUCGUCCGGUGCAGGGGAGGGCGAGUCGAUGGAGGUUGACUCCUAA